AUCCACGUGCUCAGGCGCCGGGGCAUCAGCGACUCCCACACAUCCCGGCUCUCCCUGUCCGACCGCCUGCAGCUGACUCUGUACCAGUACAAAACGUGUCCCUUCUGCAGCAAGGUCCGUGCCUUCCUGGACUUCCACGCCCUGCCCUACGAGGUGGUGGAGGUGAACCCUGUGCUCAGGGCCGAGAUCAAGUUCUCGGCCUACAGGAAGGUGCCCAUCCUGCUGGCCCAGGAAGGAGAGAGCUUGCAACAACUGAAUGACUCCUCUGUCAUCAUCAGCGCCCUCAAGACCUACCUGGUAUCAGGGCAGCCUCUGGAAGUCAUCACCACCUACUACCCACCCAUGAAGGCCAUGAACGACCGGGGCAAGGAGGUGACCGAAUUCUGCAACAAGUACUGGCUCAUGCUAGACGAGAAGGAGGCCCAGCAGGUGUACGAUGGGAAGGCGGCCAGGACGGAGGAGAUGAAGUGGCGGCAGUGGGCGGAUGACUGGCUGGUGCACCUGAUCUCCCCCAACGUGUACCGCACGCCUGCAGAGGCCCUGGCCUCCUUUGACUACAUUGUCCGGGAGGGCAAGUUCGGGGCUGUGGAGGGUGCCAUGGCCAAGUACGUGGGCGCAGCUGCCAUGUACCUCAUCAGCAAGCGGCUCAAGAGCAGGCACCACCUCCAGGAUGACGUACGGGAGGACCUGUAUGAGGCCGCCAACAAGUGGGUGGCAGCCGUGGGCAAAGACCGGCCGUUCAUGGGGGGCCAGAAGCCAAACCUGGCUGAUCUGGCGGUGUAUGGUGUGCUGCGUGUGAUGGAGGGCCUGGAGGCCUUCGAUGACCUGAUGCGGCACAGCCUCAUCCAGCCCUGGUACCUGCGGGUGGAGAAAGCUAUCGCUGAGGCCUCCCAGUGACAAAGUCUCGCCGGGAGGAACCAGAAGACUGCAGACAAGGCCGGCUGCCCGGGACCAGGGCCCCUGAGCCAGCACUCGGCGAUGCUGGGCAGGAUGACAGGACCAUUCUACCUCUCGUCCACCCCCAUCCUCACAGCAUUCUCUGUUUCUAACACUGGACACCUGCUGGGGCCCUGGGAUGCUGGGGGACACAGCCCCCUGAGGGGCACAGAGAGGCUACCUCCCCCCUCCUCCCUGCCCUGGGCUCUCAGUGGCUGCCCUGUGUAACCCUGUGGGUGGGAAUUGGGUUGGGCACCCCCUGGACAAGGGAAGUAGGGACACCCCGGGUUAGGGAGAGCCCCAUCCUUGGUUCCUCAUGGUCCUGCUCUUCCCAAGCACCCCCACCCCCACCCUGGACUCUUUAUCUUGUUUGAAAUAUAGGAAAAGAUUGCUUCAGUGAGGUCUGUGGCUGCUUUGGAUGAGGCCAUGCCCAGCCCUGUUUGUCCAUUGUUACUGUCAGGCCUGGGGUAAAA